AUAUACAGAAGCAUAUUCCAUGCUACCAGUUGUUCAGCUUUUAUAAUUCUGCAGGAGAACUGAAUGAACUUGCCCUGAAGAAAAUUCUAUCAGGCUGUAAGAAGAGUGUAAUAGGAUGGUACAAAUUCAGACGUAACACGGACCAGACCAUGACAUUCCGGGAAAGACUUCUUCAUAAGAAUUUACAGUCACACCUAUCAAAUCAGGGCCUUGUAUUCCUUUUAUUAACCUCUACCGUGAUGACAGAAAGUUGUUCUACUUACAGACUGGAACACGCUUUACAUCGGCCACAAGAAGGUCUUUUCCAGAAGGUUCCUUUGGUGGUUACCAACUUGGGUAUGGCAGAACAGCAAGGUUACAGAACAGUGUCUGGUUCCUGCGUAUCUUCUGGUUUUGUGAGAGCAGUAAGACAACACAGGUCAGAAUUCUUUUACACCGAUGGAUCCUUACAAGAGGUUCAUAAGAUAAAUGAGAUGUAUGCCACCUUGCAGGAGGAACUGAAGAAAAUAUGCUCUACAGUAGAAGCCAGUGAACGAUCUGUAGAGAAACUCUUAGCAGAGGUGAGGCAAUUAAAAGAAGAAAUAAAGAGGAAAAAGCAACAACGUUGUUCAGAAGACAGAGAUUUCCCAGGAGAGCCAAAGGAGAAUGUCCUCCUGUGUCAGGCACUGCAAACAUUUUUCCCCAAUUCUGGACUUCAGACAUGUAUUGUUUCCUUCAAGGGCCAACAGAUAUCCAAGAACUGCUGUAACAUUGACCAUAACAUUAAUGUCAUGGACAAACUGACUCUCAUGGUAGAGGAAAGAGACUUCACUGAAGCUGAAACAAGACACUUAACCAAGCGUAAAGUCAGAGGGACCACAGCAGGAUCAAAGUCAUUCAAGAAAUCCAGAUCACUGCAGCUUCACCAAAAAUUACUUCGAGACCAAGAGGACAGUGACCAGGAAAGGAAGCUUACACUGAGUAGCACUGAAACAGAUGAGGAUGUGUUUGAAAAAAUUAGAGACACAAGUGAAUACCCACACUCUCCUACUUUCUGA